GGCCUAACUGGAACGAUCCUUCUUCUAUCUACGCGUGGAUACAAACAUUUUCAUUGAACCGCGGCCGAAACCGACUCGUUAAAACAUUCGGCCGGGACUUUGAGCUUUUUCAGCGAGAUGACACUAUUAAUAUGCUCUGGAAUGGGGAUCGGUCGACAAGGCGAAAUGGGGUCGUGGGUCGAUUUAAAGUGCGCGAUCAAAGUGACAAAUUCCUCCAUCCAGUCCCCGUUUUAGCUGGCGGUCCUGGAACUGGAAAGAGCAGAUUUCUCGAUGAGAUUGAAAAAUUGCUCAAGGAAUACGCUGAGAAAUGUAACGAGGAAGAAAUCCGUAAUGCUUUCGCCAACAUGACCGUCAUAAACACAACGUAUGGGAAUGGAUCCAGUGCUGAAGAAAUGGAUAUAAAACUUGGCGCCCAGACACCUCUUGCCAUACGUAUUCUGUUUGAGUACUUCGGACCUCAACAUGACUAUGGUAAAUUUAAUUUUCCUGACUUCCGCUCACUCUGCGAUCAAUCAAACAUUUCGAGGUUUACCCUGAGCACUGCUCUUCAGGUUGUCUAUGCUGACAUUCUGCAAAAGAAACAAGCAACCUCUCAUCCUCUAUUGGUUAUG